GCGAGAAGCGGAGUAGGGGAAGAAGAAUAAGUGAGAUGUGUCAUAUAAAGAGUAGUGUGGCGUGCUCUGUGUUAUUGCGUUUGUCUUGCGUAAAUAUAUCGUUGUAGAUUAUCGUAAAUCGGUAUAAUAAAUACUUCCGGCCAAACCCCGGUUACCACAAAUUGGCGACGAGUAGGAAAACCUGGCAGUGCAAUAAUUUCAUACUCGGUAAGUUUGAUUAUACGACCGAGAACAAACAACAUUCCUAUUUGAGGUUAUAUUUUUGUUUCCAUAAUGCAGAAGUGAAAGCAGCUAAACUGCGCUGGCUUGCGAAGCCGAAACUGCGAACACAGUUUGUUUACUGUGGUGGCCCCGGAGGCUGUAGGUUGAACACAGCGCAGCUGUGGUGGCUUUCGAAGCCGCGAUUCGUUGAGCGCAGGCACACUGCGGAGGCUUCCGAAGCCGUACGGAAAGAACACAGUGGAUGCUGUGGUGGUUUUCGAAGCCGAAAUCGUGAACGCAACCCUGUUGCGGUGGCUCCCGAAGCCGGAACGUCCAAAGGAACACAGCUCGACUGUGGUGGUCUUCGAGACUGAAACGGUUGGGGAAAUAACAGCGAACGGUCAUAAUGGAUAAGUUUAAUGUACCACCGUUCAAUUUCAAAAGCCUACCAAGCAGCCGAGUGCGGGACGAAUGGCUAAAGUAUAAACGAAAUUUUGAGUAUAUCGCUCUCGCGAAUGAGGAGAAGAACCAGACCAAGUUAAAGUACAUUUUCUUGGCCAAGGCUGGACCAGAUGUACAAGAGGUAUUCGGGUCGCUUCAAGGAGCUGAUGUGGUAGAGGACGCAGAAAAAACGAUUAAGCCGUUUGAUGUGGCCAUCAGUAAGCUGGAUGAAUACUUUGCCCCGCAACAGCACGAAACAUUUGAGCGCUAGAUGUUCUGGACAUUGAACCCAACCGAAGGAGAGUCGCUGGAGAAGUUUUUAUUGAGGGCCACUGAGCAAGCGUCAAAGUGCAAUUUCGGGAGCAGCAAGGAAGAAAGUACCCAAAUAAGCGUCAUCGAUAAACUCAUCCUUCUGGCUCCACCCGAACUGAAAGAGCAAUUACUGCAAAAGGAAAAUCUGACGCUAACGGAACUGACAAAAAUGAUCAACUCAUACUCCUCGGUAAAGUAUCAAGCAACACAGAUGACAUCAGCUAGUACCCUCGCUGGGGUUGGGAGCGCAAGCAGUAUCAACAGGUUGCAAGCUUCAUCGUCGACGUCAGCUGGAUCCCUCGAAUGCUCCCGCUGUGGGUGGCGAGGCCAUUUGGCGAAUGAUGCAGCCUGCCCCGCAAGGAAUAAAUCGUGCGACAAGUGCAGCAAAGUUGGUCACUUUGCGAAGCGGUGCAAGUCAGUGCAGGGUUUCGGCAAGCGACACGCAGGAACUCCGAAUAGCGACUCGAAACGACGCCGUAUAAAUGCCAUCGAUCUAUCCGACGACAAUAUUCCUCAAACGGAGGAGUACAGUUUCAUCUAUAACAUCUGCGAUAGGGAGGAAAUAAUACCAGUUCGUGUCGGCGGGAUUUUGGUCGAAAUGAUGAUCGACUCCGGCUCGGUGAAAAAUCUAAUCGACGAACAAACGUGGCAACGAUUGCUUCUUCAGGGGAUGGAAAUGAAAAAUCCUCGUGACAAGUGUCAUUUGACGUUCCGACCGUAUGGGCAAAACUCGGAACCAUUGAGAGUGGUUAAAGUGUUCGAGGCGUCAGUUUCAGUUUUCGACUCCGGGAACGAGCUCAAAACGGAUGCAACUUUCUUCGUUGUGGAAGCUGGAUCACAAGCCAUUCUGGGCAAGGAAACCGCGAAAGCACUAGGUGUGUUAAUAAUUGGCCUCCCUAGCACCCACACGACAGUCAUCAAUUCGAUUGAAGCGAACACGAUGCCAUUCCCGAAGAUAAAAGGGGUUAAAUUGUGCAUUCCGAUCAACAAGGAAGUUUCCCCGGUUGCGCAACACGCACGUCGCCCUCCGUUAGCGUUGCUGACGAGGAUCGAGGAAAAACUGGAUGGUUUACUCAAGCAAGAUAUCAUAGAAUCUGUUGAUGAAUAUAGCCAAUGGGUGUCGCCGCUAGUGGCAAUUGUCAAGGACAACGGCGAUCUGCGCCUCUGCGUAGACAUGCGCCGCGCAAAUGAAGCGAUUCUACGAGAGAAUCACCCCAUGCCUACCUUCGAGGACUUCAUGCCACGAUUGAGAAAUGCGAAAUUCUUCAGUCGCUUAGAUGUGAAAGAUGCGUUUCAUUAAGUUGAGUUGGACGAGUCCUGCAGGUAAGACAUAAGGAACUUUGGGGCUAUCGAAUAGUAGCAUUCAAUUUAUUUGGUAUUAUUUUAGGUAUAUUACAACAUUUAUCUCUCACAAAGGGGUCUAUCGGUAUAAGCGGUUGAUGUUCGGCAUCUCAUGUGCGCCAAGGAUGUUCCAGAAGAUCAUGGAACAAAUCUUAGCCGACUGUGAGAACACCGUCAACUACAUCGACGACGUAUUGAUCUUCGGGGCAACUGAACAAGAGCACGAUGAAGCUUUGGGGAGAGUUUUGAAGGCUUUGAAAAGCCGGGGUGUAUUGCUGAAUCAAACAAAAUGUGUUUUUAAAGUCACGGAGGUAAUGUUUGUCGGACAUCAUCUUUCUGCUGCGGGUAUUCGACCAGCAGAAGAGAAAACGGAAGUCCUCAAAUCGUUCAGAACUCCAGCUAACGCAGAGGAACUUCGAAGUUUUCUGGGUAUGGUCACUUACGUAGGUCGAUUCUUGCCCGAUCUUGCGACGGUUACGGCACCCCUACGUGACUUGAUACGUAAGGAAGUUCAUUUCGACUGG